CCCACUCCUCCACCAUCCUGCUGCACAGAGCGGCUAUUGAGAACGAACCGCUUGAACGGAAUCCUUCUAACUUUUGGUUUGAAGUUUGAAUGGUGUCAUUUUGCUGCUUUCCUCCAUAAUGUUGGGUACAGUAAAAAUGGAAGGACACGAGACUCCAGACUGGAGCAGCUAUUACGCUGAAGCCCAAGAGGUCUACUCAUCAGUGCCGAACAGCAGCAUGAACGCGGGUCUCGGAUCCAUGAACUCUAUGAACACCUACAUGGGCAUGUCCACCAGCGGGAACAUGACUUCGGGCUCGUUCAACAUGUCCUACGCCAACACCGGACUCGGAGCCGGGCUGAGCCCCGGCACCAUGGCGGGCAUGCCCCCGAGUGGCCCCGGCGCCAUGAACGGAAUGACCAGCGGGGUAUCGGCCAUGGGCGCUGCUCUCAGCCCGUCGAACAUGAACGCGAUGCCGGCGCCGCAAGCCUCCAUGAACGCGCUCACCCCCUACUCCAGCAUGAGCCCAGCCAUGAGCCCCAUGGCCUACGCUCAGCCCAACCUGAACAGGGCACGGGAAACCAAAACGUUCAGGAGAAGCUACCCGCACGCCAAGCCGCCGUACUCCUACAUAUCUCUUAUAACCAUGGCUAUUCAGCAGGCGCCGAGCAAGAUGCUCACGCUGAGCGAAAUUUACCAGUGGAUAAUGGACCUGUUCCCGUAUUACCGGCAGAACCAGCAAAGGUGGCAAAACUCCAUACGGCAUUCCCUUUCUUUCAACGACUGUUUCGUCAAAGUGGCCAGGUCGCCGGACAAACCGGGCAAAGGGUCCUACUGGGCCCUGCACCCGGAUUCUGGAAAUAUGUUUGAAAACGGCUGCUACCUUCGCAGGCAGAAACGGUUCAAGUGCGAGAAGCGGCUUGGCGGGGGGAAGGGGCCUCAGGACGGCAGGAAGGAGCAGCCCGGGGGCUCCGGCUCGCCUUCCACCGAGAGCAGUAACGCCAAACCCGGCCCGAUGGAGUCGGGCUCCAUCUCCAGCUCAAACCAGCCGCCCAGCCCUCACAGUAUGGACCACGGCAGCGGCACGGCCGCCGGCGAGCUGAAGCCCGGCGGGGCCCAGGGCCACCCCGCUGUCAGCUCGGCCGGCCCGCUGGCCUCCGUCCCCCUUCCCCCUCACUCGAUGGCCCACGAGCCCCAGCUCCACCUCAAGGGCGAUCCCCACUAUUCCUUCAACCACCCCUUCUCCAUCAACAACCUCAUGUCCUCUUCGGAGCAGCAGCACAAACUGGACUUAAAAGCGUACGAGCAGGCUCUGCAAUACUCUUCCUACGGGUCUGGCAUCUCAGCCACUCUGCCGCUGGGCAGUACUUCAAUGGGCGGACGAGCCAGCUUGGACCCUUCAGCAAUAGAAGCCUCUUACUAUCAAGGUGUGUAUUCGAGACCUGUCCUUAACACCUCUUAGUCUCAGCUGCUUUAUUCCGUACUGGAGAGAGAAAGAAAAACACACUUUUAUUAUUGCACACGCCUCGUGCAUUUGGACUGUUACUUUAUUGUACAAAAAAUGUGUAUGUGUAAAAAGUAUACUGUAAAGGUCUGCCCUUUGAAUGAUUGUAUAACCCAAGUCAGAAUCAUUGCAGACGCCCUGCAAAGGUGUAUUUAAAACUUUUUUGAGCUUGUAUCAUCCCCCCCCCCCAGCUGUAGACGGCACCAAAGUUUGUUUACAGCCUUGUUGCAAUAUGUCCAAAUGAAGGUCAGUGAGGUCUCUUGGAAAAGCUGAAUGAAAAAAAAACAACAAUAACAAAAAAGCACACAAUCUUUGUGUUUCAGCCUUUCAGGUCAUCUGUGUUGUCAUUUUUUAUGCGUUGGUUGUAUAAUUUUGUUUCUUUGGCACAUAUGCGUUUCGAAAAAGUACAAUUUUGUGUUAAGAAACUGCAUUUCAUCCACCGUGGUCAAAUGCACAAACUGAAAUAAAACCCACAUUUCUAUAUUAAGCAACCCCCCCGUCUUUGUUGUGAUAUUUUACAAUCGACCUUUCUUUUUGUGGGAUCAUGCAUAUUCUCGUAAAAAAAACAAUAUUGUAUUUUGUUACAAAUAUUUACUUUGGUAGAUGCCAAAAUGUGUUUUAAUUUAUUGCAUGUUCCUUUUAAAAAAUAAAA